ACCAAAAAUGGAUGAUGAACAGCUGAUUGAAUUGGUUCGUAAAUAUUCUGUCCUUUACGAUUUGUCACAUCCAAAAUAUAUGGACAACAGUUUCAAACUCGACAUUUGGAAUAAAAUAGGAGGAGAAAUGAAAGUAAAUGGUUCAUCCUGUAAAGCUAGAUGGAAUAAUAUACGAGACAAUUAUCGCAAAUCGAUGAAGAAAACAAAAACUAAGAGCGGAGACCCUGCAAAAAAAAUAAAACGGUAUAAAUAUUUCGAACAACUAAGCUUCUUAAGCAAUUAUUUCUACGAGAGGGAAACAAAAGGCAAUAUUGAAAACGAUGUAGAAAACAUAGAUGAAGAAGAAAACUCGCAGAAUGUGGAUGCAGAAGAAACAUAUGUAUCAUCGGAACCUAAUGAAUCAGGGCCAAAUGUUUCAGAUGUAUUGGAACCUAAUGUAUUAGAUUCGAGUGAAAACAAGCAAUCUCAUUUAACUCAACGCUCAUUCAAAACAUCAUCAAGAAGGCUACCGCCACAACAAACUGCUUCAGCAAAACUAAUGGAGUAUUUGAUAAGUGACAAAAAGGACAAGCAAGUUACUACUGCUCCGCAACACCACGUGGACGCAUUUCUAGCUGGUGUAGCUCCAACAUUAAAAAGUUUUACGCCAUAUUACUUGCAUCUAGCAAAAUCUGAAAUAUUUCACACGGUGCAAAAAUACGAAAUGGAAAUGAUCAUGCAGCAGGACUCAUAUCCAAGACCUGGCCCCAAUUUUGUUAACACAAGGCUACAUUCCGAGCACUCAUCAUCGACCUCCACGUCAAGAGGAACUACUCCUUUACCGUCGCCUGUUGCACCAUUUCCACAACAUAGUUUGCAAAAUCCAAAUCAAAAUGAAUUUUCAUCUGUGGGAGAUUCAAACGCGACCAACAACCCUUUGCAAAGUUAUUUUCACAACUUUCCAAAUUAACUGAACAUGAUUUUUUACA